AUGUAUAGAAUACCACUUGAUGAUUAUAAUUCAAACUUUGAUGCUAAAUACAAUACGUGCUCAAGUACUAGAAAUAGCAAUUAACCUAAAAUCAAUUUUUCUGCUGAGAGAACAUCAAGAACAAUGUAUGAUUAAAUUUAUUAUUAUAGUUCUGGCAGAGGUUGUAAUUUUAAGAAUUAAUUUGAUAUUAUGUGUUUUUUAAUGGGAGUGGAACUAGAAAGAUUGAACUAAGAGAAUGAUAAAUUAAAACAUUAAAAUUAAGAGAUUAAGGAAAAUACUUAUUAAAAUAAAAGUUAUGAAUUCUAAUUAAAAGACUUAUCUGAAAGAUUAGUGAAGAAAGAACUUUAAUUUUAAAAAUUAGAAAACUAAUUAACUGAUGCCAAUAAAAUGAUUGCUUAAAAAGAAAUAUUGGUCCAAAAUUAAUAUUAAUAAAUAAAUUAGCAAUUAUAGGUGAUUUAAUAAUUGUAAUAUACGAUUAAAUAAUUGGAAUGUAAAUUAGGAUUUUUAGUUUGUGAGAAUGAAAAUUUAAGCAGUAAAAGAAAUGAUGAAAUAGUUAAUUAAUAAUAAAUAGUAAAGUAACAGAAGGAUUAUGAUGAAUUAUAUAAAGUGUAUAGUUCUUUAUUGGAAAAUUAUAAUUUACAGAAUGAAAAGUUAAAAAAGAUUGAAACAUAAAAUAAAGAAUCUGAAUAGAAUUAUCAAUAAGUAUUAGAAAAGAAAUAAUAAUAAGAGGCAGAGAAUAAAAAUAAGAUGAUCUAAUAUGUUGAUUGCAAAUAGAAAUUGACACUUUUAACAACUGAAUUGGAUCGUAUGAAUGAAGUUAUUAAGUAAUAAUAAUAAGAAUUGGAUAAAAAAUAAAAGAAAUUUGAUAGUAAAUAGUAGUUAUUGUUGAUGCGAAUAAUUUUGCAUUGUGCUGAGAUUGAUAGAUUAAUAGAGGUGUAAGGUAAAUUAAUGAAUGAAAAUUAAUGUUAUCGAAAUUAAGUAGAAUUAUAUGCAAUUAUGAUCGAAGAGAAUAAAAAAAUAGUUAAAUUAGAUAUUUGA